CUUCGGCCAGCCUCCUGCUUGCAGGAAGCACCGCGGUGCGCGCCGUCGUGGUCACUGCCGCGCGCUGGCGCCGUGCCCUAGCAGCUGCGCCGCUUUUCGAGGCGUAAGCGGGGCCCCGGCCCGCCUUUUCGGGCCCUCGCGGCCCAUCGAUCCGCCGAGGGACAGCGCCGCGGCGCGCGUUGCCCUUUCCUGGCUCGCUUGGGGCCCGCAUUGGGUCGAUGGCUUGCCUGUGAAAGCGGCGCAGCCCCUGCUGGGGACAACCUGCGCCAACCCCGCCCCGCUCCUUAAAGUGUUGAAGGAAGCACGCCGCCGCGCGUUGCUUGGUUGUGGGGCCGGGCGGGGCCUUCGGUCUUUCUGGGCCGACGAAAUUGCGCCCCUGCCCAUCGGGGGCGGCGGCGGGUUUCUAAAUAU